UGUUCUCCUGUAGUGAAAAGAACAAAACAAAACAGAAAUCUCUCUGUCUGUCUCUGUUCGUCGAGGGAGAGAGAGAGAGAGAGAGAGUGAGAGAUGGCGUCGUUGUGUCAGAUUUCUAGCGACGAAGCCGGCGAGCAUUGCGUCAGACUUCCGGCAGCCGUCGAUCAGACCAUCGACCUCGUCCAGUCAGACGACCCUGACUCUAAAAUCCAUGCGGCGAAAGAGAUCCGGCGGCUGACAAAAACCUCAUCCAAGCACCGUCGCCACUUCUCCGGCGCCAUCGGAUCGCUCGUCUCGAUGCUGCAAUCUGACGGCUUGGAUUGCAAGGAAUCGGCGAUCCUCGCACUUCUCAAUCUCUCCGUAAAAGACGAAAGGAAUAAAAUUGAAAUCAUAGAUGCUGGUGCACUCGAACCGCUGAUCAGUUUUCUAAGAUUACCGAAUUCGAAUUUGCGAGAAUAUGCAACUGCUGCUUUGCUCACUCUCUCUGCUUCUGUCAUCAACAAGCCGACCAUCAGCACCUCAGGUGCCAUCCCUCUCCUCGUCGAGGUCCUUAAAGACGGAAACCCACAAUCCAAGGUCGACGCCCUGAUGGCUCUUUACAAUCUCUCCACUCUCUAUAACAAUCUCACCACCAUUCUCACAGCUGGUGCUGUCUCGCCUCUAAUCAACUUGCUGAAGAGAUGCAAGAAAUCUUCAAAAACAGCAGAAAAAUGCAGCGCUCUAUUGGAAUCCUUGUUGGGUUUUGACGAGGGAAGGACUGCAUUGAUGGCUGAGGAAGGCGGAGUGCUGACAGUGGUCGAAGUUCUCGAAGAUGGGUCACUCCAAAGUCGAGAACACGCAGUUGGGGCCCUUUUAACAAUGUGUGAGAGUGAUCGAUGUAGAUACAGAGAAGCAAUUCUAAAAGAAGGAGCUAUUCCUGGCCUGCUUGAGCUCACCGUCCAAGGCACACGCAAGUCUCAAUCCAAAGCACACGCACUCUUGCAGCUACUGAGAGACUCUCCAUGCCCAAGAUCAGAACUAGAGGCCGACACUCUAGAGAACAUUGUUAGCAACAUAGUUUUGCAGAUCGACGGUGAGGAUCGGUGUGGGAAGGCGAAGAAGAUGCUGGCUGAGAUGGUUCAAGUUAGUAUGGAGCGGAGCUUGUCGCAUUUGCAGCAGAGGGCUAUGGUGUGCACCACAACUGAUGUGCCUCAUGCUAAAUGUCCCACCGAAGUCCCUUCUAAAUGACUGCUGGAUUGAACAUUUGCUUGGCCAUGUUGGAUGGAGUUUCUAGUUGUGCUCACAUCACCAUUGUUUGUAAUUUAUCUAUUUUCAUCAGAUGGCUAGGAUAGGAUAAUCUGAUAAAAGAGAUAUGAGAACAUUGCCAUCCAUUGAUGGGGCUCGACCGACCAACGGCUUAGAUAAUGGAAGGUGGGACUCGCUUGUACCAUUGUCAGAUAGAAAAACAUCAAUUCAGCUUCAUAUUAUAUCUUAGUGUAUGUUUUACUGAGUUUGGGAGAGCGGUUUUCGACGGAAUCAUAUGAGAUUAGAGGAUCGUAGUCCAGGCAACAACGACGGUACCAGGUAACUGGUAAGUAUGUGUAUACAUGUGUGUUUUUUCUUUGGGUGGUUUUGUAAAAUAAGCUGUAGCUGUUCUUGUUCAGUCAGUUAAAAUCUCAUGCAUUGGCCUUUGAAAUUCAAAUGUGGAAGAUGGUUGUGUUGUACAGAACAUCUAUGAGGAAUGGGAAUUCAGCUUUGCUUGUUUAA